AGCAUUGUAUUACUUCAAUGUGUACACUUAAAUGACCCAGUGUCCAUUAGGUCAUAUACGAUAUUAGUACAUUUUACUGUUAACACUAUAUGCCUAUAGAUCACAUAAUAUAAAUUUCAGUGGUUAAAACAAAUUGUAUAAAGUGAUUUGGAUACGAUCAUAUAUAAAGAACUGAAAUCCGUCAAAAUGCAGAGGACAUAUUAUACGGUAUUUGCGUUGAUUAUUAGCAUUUCGUUUGCACUUGCAGACAAUUUAUCAGCGAAUAGUUGGUCGUCCGAUGAUGACACGUUGCCGGAAGUGCUACCAAAAAAGAUGCGUGACAAAAGCGAUGACGAGAUUCAAAAAGCUGUUUUUCAAGCAUUUGAAAACCAACUCAAAGUGAUUUCUGAAUACACAGGGCACAUGUUGGAUCCAGAAUCUCCGUACGGAUUCUUUAAAGACGAAAUGCCGAUUACGAAUGCGAGGACUUCUAAUCCACAGUCUGAUCUCAUAUUUUACAAUAAUGCCAUUAGAGGGUUUAUUGCACAUAAUAAAAACACUAUUACCAUUAAAUGGGUCCCAAAUCAGGUCGUUACUGAACUAGGAUGGAAAGACAUGAGCGUCAGAGGAAGGUAUACUUUCAUGAAUGCUUCAUAUUUUGAUCAAGGAAAGUACCAUAUCCAAUUACAAGAUGUUAAAUAUCUUGCGAGCACUACGCUUUCAGAAAAUACCGAAUCGUACCCAUCGACCGUACCAAAAUCUAGCAUUUCAUACAAAAGUGUUAAGGUAUCAUUCACAGGUGGUUUACCAGAAAUAUUAAAGACUAGUGAUUCUUCUAAUGUCAAGCACUUUAUUGAAGAUAUCGUUUUUCAACAAGUAGCCGAUCGCGUGGUUAGAGACACUCACAACAACAUCACCGUGGCCAUACGUCAGGUCAUCAAACCGUACGUAAUAAUCAAGAACGACACCGAUAAAAACUUUCCCGGUACAAACGGAAAACUUUCCAGCGGUAACGUAGGAUAUAGCAUCAGCAACACGGUCAUUAGUGGCUUCGCAAAUGCGGAACAUAAAUUGAAAAAGGUCACCACGAAAAUGGCCACCAAUACGGUUACAGCUGAUGUACGUACAACGAUCCAUAACCUAGACGGUAAAUUCGACUUUAAGCUCGAGGAGAGUAAGCCUACCGUCGGCAAAGCAACGUUCACCGUCAGCAGAAUCGAUGUCAACAUAUCGUUCAACAUGCUUAAGCCCGUCGAAUGCAAGGCUGAGGUGGUUGUGAACCAGCCGAAUGUUAAAUACGGUACUAAGUUGUCGGCCGACAUUGAAAAAAAUUUGUCAAACGCAUUUUUCGACAAUGUUAAAAUCCAAUUGAGCACGGAUAUCUGCAAGGCUUUGGGCCAGAUCAUUAAACCGGGAAAAUAAAAAAUAAAACUAUUUAAUUUAUUCUAGAACCGUCGUAGAGCUUAUUUUUGUAGCAAACUAUUUUUUGAACUGCACGGUUAGGGCAAAUAAUUAUUAAACUCGUAGGUAUUAAUGUUUUUAAAUUAUUGUUUUUGCUCCGAUAACAUACGAAUUUAAUUAACAUAAUAAUAUACAUAUUACAAUUAUUGAACAUGUUACAUGUACCUACAAUAUUACAAAAUAAAUAUUAUUUCAAAAUAUACAUAAAAUUUAUUA